AUGGUCUUUUUUCAAUGUGAAAACGCGUUUCGGACAAACCUUGUCUGCUUGGGUUUUCGCGAAGCUCGCGAUGCGAACUUNUUAUUACGUAUGCAAAAACUUGCGGGGUAUUAUGAACAUCUUAAACUCUUGGCAUUCACGAUGGCUUUAGCUGAAUCACCUGUCUUACAUACCGAAACAAUCGAUAUAAUCGAAUGUAUGAUCAAUGAGUUCGAUCGUCUUUUCCCACUGUUAUAUUCAGAAAAGUAUGUCACAUCUGUGGUUCAUUCCAUGGUUCACUUGCCGCAGUCUGUGAAGGAUUUCGAUCCUGUUCAUCAUUAUUCUACUUUCAACUUUGAGAGUGUUGUAGGUUCUAUUGUACAAUCUGUGAAUGGUCCUAAUUUAAUCGUUGCUGAGCUGAUAAAUAACAUCCGUCUCGUGCAAUGUGCAACAGCUCAGCUCAAUACCACCAGUUUCAGCAUAGAUCUCAUACUGUGUGUUCGUCGUCUUUUCGCUUCGAAACGACAAGCGUUACCAAAACAGACAGUUUCAAAUGAAAAUCAUUUUAUUCGUGUUGCUCGCAAACUGAGACUAUCCGAUGAUCAUGUUGUAAUGGCUCACUUACAGAAUACUCAACAUAUGAAAUUUACUCUGUAUGAAACGUGUUGGAAAAAAAGUGUACAAUUCACCGUGUAUGAUCCUAGUUCAACAACUCAAACUUCUGAUUCGUGCAUAUUGUUCAGAAAUCUUCAAAGUGAAACGAAUUGUGGAUUUAUUGUGGCUAUUAUUUCAAAUUCACAGCAGAAAAUUAAACUUAUAAUCCAUCAAGUACACAUUGAUCAGCAUGAUGCUUUCACACUGGGUAACAAACACAUAGUUAAUCCAUUCGUGUUUUGGGGACGUCUAACGUAUCCACCCGGCUUGGUAACAAUCAAUAUUGAAGAUAUCAUUGUAAAAAUUGCGUACAGCAAAGCGAAAAAUAUCUUUCAUUUUUAUCAAUACCCAAAUACUGUGGAGAGCACUUGA